CUCUUUUCUCCCAGACCCCCCUCUCCUUCUCCUUCCACACUUGUUGAUCCACUCAUGAGCUAGCUAGCUAGCUCCAUCGCUCCACCUCGCCGUCCGCUUCUCCUUCCACACUUCGUGUCGUCGGACGGCAUGGACCGGAAGGACAAGUCCCGGAAGUCCUCCUCCUCGGCGGCGUCCAUGGCCGCGCUCGCCGCCGCCGGAGGAGACAGGAUGGCGCCGCCUUCUUCCGGCGAUGAGGACCAGAAGCCGAACCUGGUGAACGUGCCCGUGGUCGCCACCGGCGCCUCGAGCUCCUCUGCUGCCGCGGUGAGGAGGGGCGGCGGCGGCGGUGCUGCUGGUGGGCCCGUCGCGGUGGGCGGGGCCGGCGCGGGCGGGCCCAGCUGCCAGGCCGAGAGGUGCCCCGCCGACCUCACCGAGGCGAAGCGGUACCACCGGAGGCACAAGGUGUGCGAGGCGCACGCCAAGGCCGCCGUCGUGCUCGUCGCCGGCCUCCGCCAGCGCUUCUGCCAGCAAUGCAGCCGGUUCCACGAACUUCUGGAGUUCGACGACACCAAGCGCAGCUGCCGCCGGCGCUUGGCCGGUCACAACGAGCGCCGGAGGAAGAGCUCGGCGGACGCCAAUGGUGGGGAUGGCUGCCGCCACGUGGACCAGGACGGCCGGAGCAACCCGGGGAACCCGCCGCCGCUGAACCACUUCCAGAUCAGAUAAACCUACCUAAGCAUGCUCCCUCUCUUCUGUCAUGCAGCCAUGCUACAUCUAUUUAUGUAUCUAUAUUGGCCUAUCUAUCCAGUGUACUACUAACUGGCAGUAUGUAUGAUCCCCUGUGCUGCUAUAUAUUUUGCACAGGAGGUAUAUGUGCUA